UUUCAGCCGCGCAAGCAGCCUGUCCGCAACCACGGUUCACUGCCCAGGCGCGUCUCUCUUCGUAACAGCUCACCAUGAAUGCCGUGGACACAGAGAACGUGUUUUUGUCCGCGUUACAGCCCAUCACCACGGUCACUACCUAUGGAAUCCCGUCUGAGAUCCAGCUCGGGAACGGGGGCACCGUGCUGGACGAGAUGGCCAGAGCGCGGCGCGUGCAUCAGCAGGUCCAGAUGAGAAUGGCGGAGAAGUCCACACUUCCGCGUCACAAUGGAUCGGCCGCACAUUACGCCAUGUCAGAGCACGGCGGUUCUUCAGCUUCGAAAUAUCAAACCUAUAACCCAAACUACAGCUCUAAAUCCUCCUACAUGUACUCGGGCGCCAGAACAAUGGGUCCACGCAUAUCCCAGAGAACAGGCUUCAGCAGCCAGUCUACCGGUCCAGACAUGGCCCAGUUUCACAGGAUCACUGUCGGGGGUGGUGGGGGUGGAAUGGGUGGUGGAGGUGGUGGUGGUGGUGGUGGCGGUUUUUACCGAGAAGAGCAAACCAUGGGGCGCUACCAAGGAGACGGAGGGCAACAUAGCCGACUAGAUCGAGAGAUCCUCUCCACGCAGUCCAUGCGCUCCAUGAAUGCAGGGCCUGUGAAUCCCUGGAUGAUGGAUGGCAGCGAUGCCGACAGUUUGGUCUCCGACCGCGAUGCCACGAUGAGACGGCAGUACGAUCAGAGGUCAAUCAACGGCUACCCCACCCAGGUGAAAUCGGGAGAGAGCUCCAUGACCAUGACGUCGCCCAUGCGCCGAUCUCUGAGUGGCACUCUUUCCCGCGGCGGAGGGAUGACAGGAGGAGAGGUGGAGUACAACCAGCAACAUUCUUACAAAGGCCCAGCCCACCGCACCAUCAGCAGGAUUACAAACCGAAACCGGAUGAGCAUGGGCUCCGUGUCGGGGCAGCAGAUGGUCCAAGGUGGGAGCAUGUAUGUUGGAGGGGGGGACAGAGUGGACGGAGGAGGGUUCAUGGCAUCCGGAGUGUCCUCUGGUUCCCAGGGGAACCUCAUGCAGCGCGUGGGCACCAUGUCCCGGGCCAUGUCAGUCAGAAGCAUGAAGAGUGUGGGCAGGGGCGCGGACAUCUACGAUGGGCAGAUGGAGAUGGGAGCCAGCAUGGGUAACCUUAGCGGGAUCGCGGCCUUGGACAUGCCCACCGCAGUGCAAAACCUGAGAGAGCCCGACCACGAUCUGCAGGUCCUGGGUGCCGCCUACAUUCAACACGAGUGUUACAACGACAGCGAGGCCAAAGACGAGGUGCGUCGCCUGAAGGGCAUUACGGAGCUGGUCAAGCUGUUCAACUGCGACAGCCAGGAAGUGCAGCGUUACGCCACUGGCGCCACACGCAACCUCAUCUAUGAGAACAUGGACAACAAGGUGGCCCUGAUCGAGGAGGGCGGCAUCCCACAGCUGGUCGAGGCACUUAAAGAACCUGAUGAAGAGCUCCACAAAAACAUCACUGGUAUCCUGUGGAACCUUUCAUCCAAAGACAACCUGAAGGAGAAACUGGCCAGGGAGACACUUCCGGAGCUGACGGAUAAGAUCCUCAUCCCUCUGUCAGGGGGCGGAGACAAUGAGGGCAUCCAGCAUUCUCCCUCUGAGGCAGACAUCUUCUACAACACCACAGGAUGCCUCAGGAAUAUGAGCUCUGUGAAUGAAAAGACCCGUCAGCAGAUGAGAGAAACAUAUGGACUGGUGGACUCUUUGGUGGGCUACAUCAAUGCCUCCCUUGAUGAAAACAAGUCAGAAGAUAAGGGGGUGGAGAAUUCAGUGUGUGUCUUGAGGAACCUCUCCUACCAGCUGUACAGUGAGAUGCCUCCAUCUGCUAUGAUGCGCCUUGAAGGACCAACCAGAGAUCAGGACUCAGGGACGGGCGAAGCCAUUGGUUGCUUUACACCUCAGAGCCGGAAAGCCAAGAAUAGGAUGAACCAGGAUCUCUCCACUUUCACCGAGGUCGCUCGGGUGCCAAAGGGCGUGGAGUGGCUGUGGCACCCGCAGAUAGUGGGGUUGUACAAACGUGUGCUGCAACAGUGUGAGAUCAACUCCACCACCCGCGAGGCAGCUGCCGGAGCGCUGCAGAACAUCACGGCUGGAGACAAGAGGUGGGCCUCUGUGCUGAGCCGGGUGGCUCUGGAGCAGGAGCGCAUCCUGCCCGUGCUGCUGGACCUCCUGCGUACCAGCAAUGAUCUGGAGCUGCGUUCUCUCACUGGCCUCCUCCGAAACCUGUCCCGCCAUGCCAAAGACAAGAAUGACAUGGCUACAAAGGUGGUGAACAACCUGGUGACCAAGCUGCCUUGUGAUGGGCAGCAGAAGGAGCCCUCCAGCGAAGUGACGGUCAACAUCUGCGGCGUUCUCAAUAACUUGGUGACCAGCAGCAUCAUGGCGGCCAGAGACAUCAACUUCUUUGACGGCGUGCAAAAACUGGUCGGCAUCAAGUCCUCACAUGACAACAGUUCUGGGAAGACCAAAGCAGCCAAAGCAGCAGCCACGGUGCUCAGCAACAUGUUCCAGUACAAGAAACUGCACAAAGACUACAAAUUAAAAGGGUUCGUGAGACGCGAUUUUGCAGACAUGACGAUCUAAAGCCAAAGUAACGCCAUACAAGUUCACUUCUUUAACAGUGGUACCGGGCCUGCACUCCACCAGCCGCCUGUGGAGUAAAGAGACUGUUUAUAUUCUUCAAAGAUAGCGUAGGUUCAGUUUUUAUGUGCCAUAUUUUAUGAUGACAACAUGGACACGCAAGUGAUGGAGGAUCUCCCCGACGGAAAAGGACUUGUGUAUUUUUAAUACUCGACGAACAGUUCAAGAAAAGUGGAUCCGGUACGCUGGACAAUUGAUGGACUCUGAUACAGAGGUGUGCACCUUCACCAUUUACUCUCUUUGUUUGAACACUAUGUUUUAGCUUGGAAUCAGGGAUGUCAGAGCAACAUGUAUUGAUAUGAAACUUUUUGUUUCUGCCAGUUGAGCAACUGUUGAUGGACAAUAUGGUGCACACUCGUGCCUUGUCUUCUCACUGUUGCACCUCAAUCGCAGCAGAAAUGCCAUCAAGUGUACUUUUGUAAAUAUUGCUUCUUAUUUUACACAGAAAUCAAAUGUUUUAUAUAUUGCAUUUGCACGCUUUGUCUUCAUAGAUUUUGAAGAGAUAAAUAUGUGUUUAUCAAUGAGUCUAAAUUAUAACAUGGUUAUAAUUGAAUGUAAACCACAGGAGAUUAAAACAAAUGUGGAUCUUUGAUUCAGAAAUCUGUUGAUAUUAUGCCUGCAAAAUGUCAGUCUUGUCAUAGAAAAUGCUGAUGAGUGACAUUUGUAAUUGUAUUGUCAAACAAAACUCAUGGAGUCCUAUGAGUUCACCAGGGAUGAAAAGGAUACAAUCCUAACGUUGUAUUUGAGGACUUAUUGCAAAAUGUGUCACUUCACAUUCAAGUUUAAUAUUUUAAAUUUUUUUAGGCAAGUUUUGAUACAAAACUCUAAAUAUUAUAGUUAUUGCUGUCCUGAGACAUAAAUGGUUCACCUUGUGUUUCUGUGUGGAUUCUCACUGUUUUAGAUUUGAUUUUAAGUCGUGUACAGGCAGAUGUUUCAUCUGGAUAUUUUUCAACGAAUAAAGUUACAGAUUUGGAA